AUGCCUCGAGUUGAUGUUGAAGUUCUUGUAACAGCCUGUGAAGGAGUAGGCAAUGACGGGAAAACCGUCUGUGAAACACUUGUAGACGGCGGACUCGACGGCUACCCACCAAAAAAUGAUAACUCUGAACCGGAUUUCCCGCCGGAAUCUUUCUGGCUAUCGAAAGACGCAGAAUAUGACUGGUAUGAUCGUUACGCCUUUUAUGAGCGCAAAGAAUCCACCAAAGGCAAUUCAAACUCAGCCAACUUGAACUCGAACAUAAACCCCGGUUCAAACUCCAACUCUCAGCGGUUUACUGUUAACUUGAAGUCCAAGGCCUCUAUAAUUGGACUUCCAAAAACCCAAAAAACUACAUAUGUUGAUUCCCGAAGAAAGAUUUGUAAACCGGCUAAUAUGAGGUUGUUUCCAAAACAACCCGAGUCAGUUGGAAUGGCGAUGGUAUCCAUGGCUGAACCAUCGUCGCCGAAGGUUUCUUGCAUGGGGAGAGUUAGAUCAAAGCGUUGCCGGCACAGAUCAAAUUCAUUGAAAAAGAAAGAGAAAUCGGUCGAGAAACCAAGAAUCGGUGGUGGAAAGCAAAAAAAGGGGUUUUACUCCAUGGUAAUAAGUAUGUUCCGGUCCAGAAAGAAUCCAAACAAACCGGUCAGAUCCAGAAGUGGAAGAGUAGAGGAGGAGCCAACGGUGGUCGAGCCAAUAAGGAAAAGUGUAAGUAAUAGAGUGCACGAGAUUCCAAUUUCGGUCGAUCCAGUUGUUGAGCCGCUCGGUUUGGGAGAGAUGAUGCGCUUUGCGUCCGGUCGGAGAUCACAGUCUUGGUCUGCCGAAGAUGUUAAUCAGGGGAGUCGAUUAUGGGGUGCUUGA